AUGAAGACUGCAUCACCCUCGCUGGCAUGGCUGGCCCUGCUGGGCUACCUUGUAGCCGCCAUACAGGCUGCCUUUUGGAUGGAAGAAGUGUCACACAAUGGCCUUGCUCCGUACGCCGAGGAUGGCUACGUCGUCUUCCGCAACGUGCUCGACUACGGCGCCAAGGGCGACGGCGUGACCGACGACUCGGCCGCCAUCAACGCCGCCAUUGCCGACGGCAACCGCUGCGGCAAGGGCUGCCAGUCCUCGACUAUUACGCCUGCCGUCAUCUACUUCCCGGCCGGUACCUAUGUCCUGUCCACGUCCAUCCUGCCGGCCUACAUGACCCAGCUGAUCGGCGACGCCACCAACCUGCCCACCCUCAAGGCCGCAUCCAACUUCGUCGGUCUCGGCCUCAUCGACGGCGACCCCUACUACAGCGGCCCGGAUCCCAAUUGGCUGUCGACCAACCUGUUUUAUCGCCAGAUCCGCAACUUCGUGCUCGACACCACGGCCAUUGACGCCACCAAGCUCGCGUACGGCAUCCACUGGCCGACCGCCCAGGCCACGAGCCUGCAGAAUGUGCGCUUUGUCAUGCCCCGGACAAAGGGCGUGGCACACAUUGGCCUCUUCAUCGAGAGCGGCAGCGGUGGUUUUAUGACGGACCUGUCCUUUGAUGGCGGUGCCAUUGGCGCGUCUCUCGGGAACCAGCAGUUCACGAUGCGCAAUCUGGCUUUUGACAGCUGUGUCACGGCCAUCAACCAGCUCUGGGACUGGGGCUGGACCUACUACGGCCUUGAUAUCAAGAACUGCGAUGUGGGCCUCAAUGUCUCGUCGGGCGGCAAAAGUGCCCAGUCUGUCGGCUCCAUCACCGUAUUUGACAGUGUCUUUACGAGCGUCAGCGUCGCCAUUGUUUCGGCAUAUGUGCCCAACACGUCGCAGCCCGAGACCGCCGGCAGCAUCAUCCUCGAGAACAUUGUCGCCAACCAGGUCCCUGUCAUUGUGCAGACCCCCGACGGCAACCUGUUGACCGGCGGCGUCGCUGUCACCGUCGCUGCUUGGGGCCAGGGUCACCAGUACAUUCCCGACGGCCCCACGCCGCUCCAGGGCGGCUUCAACGGCAACCCUCGGCCCACCUCGUUGCUGGCCUCGGGUAACCCGGUAGCUUCCGCUGCUGGCGUUCCUGGUUCCUACUACGCCCGCGCCAAACCGCAGUACGAGAACCUCCUUGCUUGCAACUUCUUCAGUGCUCGUGCGGCCGGUGCCAAGGGGGACGGUGUCACCGACGACACGGCUGUCCUCCAGGAACUGAUUGACUCUGCCACGCUCACUGGCAACGUUGUUUACCUCGAUUACGGCCUGUAUGUGGUGACGAAAACGCUGACCGUACCGCCUGGUGCACGCAUCGUCGGCGAGGCCUACCCCGUCAUCCUGGCGGGCGGCGACUCUUUCUUCAAGAGUGACAGCAACCCCCGGCCGCUGCUGCAGGUCGGUGCCUAUUCGGGCGAGCAGGGUACCGUCGAGCUCUCCGACUUUGUGCUUGCGACACAGGGUUCGCAGGCGGGCGCCAUCCUGAUCCAGUGGAACCUCGAUGCGUCGGCCUCGUCGGACCUGGGCGGUAUCUGGGAUGUCCACACCCGCAUCGGCGGCUUUAUGGGUUCCGAACUCCAAGUUGCUGGCUGCCUCAAGAACCCGCAGUCGUCCACUGUGAACUCCAACUGCAUUGGCGCCUUCAUGUCCAUGCAUGUGACCAAGUCUGCCGCCGCCGUGUAUGCCGAAAACGUCUGGCUGUGGACGGCUGACCACGACAUGGACGACUGGAACAAUACCCAGAUUUCUAUUUACAGCGGCCGCGGUCUCUACGUCGAGUCAUCGUCGGGCCCGGUGUGGCUUGUUGGCACCGGCUCCGAGCACCACACGCUGUACCAGUACCAGGUCGCCGACGCCCGCGACGUGUUCAUGGGCCAGAUCCAGUCCGAGACGCCCUACUUCCAGCCGAACCCCGUGGCCACGACACCGUUCGAGGCCAAUGCGACCUACAACGACCCGGACUUUUCGGCCUGCGAUGCUUCGGAUACCACUUGUGCUUUGGCGUGGGGUCUGCGCGUUUUGGACUCGGAUACGGUUCUUGUGUACGGUGCCGGUCUCUACUCGUUCUUUAGCAACUACGGCCAAACCUGUAUCCCCGGCCGGUCGUGCCAGGCGCGCAUCACCUCGAUCGAGGGCAGCUCACCGGCAGUCAACAUUUACAACCUCAACACCAUUGGCGUCGCGAGCAUGCUCGACAGGGAUGGCGCGUCGCUGGCGAGCGCGGCUGACAAUAAAAAUGUCUACCCGGACACCAUUGCUCUGUUCCAGAGCUAG